AUGACGACAGGCAACUUCCAAUACCUCGACGUUAAGUCGGUCGUCCCCAACGAGAAGCCAUGGACCAAGGUCGACGGCCCUGGCUAUUCUUUCCGUCUUCAAUCACACCCCAGACCUGUCACCAACCUGCGCACGCACCCAGAGUUCUCGCAAUUCUCAACAGACAACAGCGGCUUCAGCGUACACCACUCGCCCUCCAAGGUCACAGCAGCCGACUUCGACAACGACAAGACAGUCCGUACCACUUACUACGACGAAGUCGCGAAGGUGCUGCGUGAGCACCUGCCGUCCGGAGAUAAAGUCUCUCACAUCGAAAUCUUCGACCACACAAUCCGCAAACACGACCCAACCUCACCACGCCAACCAGUCCAACAAGUUCACAUCGACCAAACGCCCCGGUCGCUACCAGAUCAUCAACGUAUGGCGUCCUAUCAGCAUCCCGCCUCGGACUUCCCACUCGCUGUCAUCGACUGGCGCACCACUUCGCCCAAGGAUCUCGUCAAGGUCGACCUGAUGUAUCCCAAGCGCCCGGCCUCUACCGUCUCCAAGGAUUCAUCCGAUGCGUCCAACCCGCCCUCCGAUGACGACGACCGCGGCAAAGAAGCACUCCCCGACCCAUCCUCAAUCUCGAGCACAGUCGGCUAUGAACCCCGAGGUGAGACCCUGACAGUCGCGCCCAACUCAAACCAUCAGUUCUACUAUGUAAAGGACAUGACUCCCGAGGAAACGAUGUUCAUCAAGUGCUUCGACAGUCGGAGCGAGUGGAUCAAUGAUGAGGGAUAUGUUAGUGGCUCGGAGAACGCGAGUGAGGAUGCGAAGAAGUUUGGUGGGUUUGGGAGUGGGAAGAAGGGGAUUGCGAUGGGAACACCGCAUACGGCGUUCGUGGAUCCGGAGACUCCAGUGGGGGUUAAGGGGAGGGAGAGUAUUGAGGUUCGGUGUUUGGUCUUUUAUGACGAUUGA